AAUGCGAUAUUUCACCCCUGACUCUUAUUGCAGGACUAAAAUGGGGGAAAUACCCUUGUAAUCAGCCCAGAAAGUAUUAUAGUUACCACUCUUUGCUUUUUGGGUUGUCUUUUUUUUCCUUCUUAUUUUCUUUUUGCUCAAAGAGCAAUUUUCGUUUAAAAGUUCUGAUUAUAUUGUGUUAUGUAAUGACGUGGUAUCAACCCAGAGAAAUGACGUUAGCUCAAUUACUCUGAGACAGCAUAUUAAUUCAUCUCUCUUGCCCUCUCUUUCUUUCUCUCUUUCUCUCUCAAAUACAACCCCCCGAAAAUGAUAUGCAACAUGGAGCACUUUAACCCUUGUUAGCUUAGUAAUUGCAUUAAUAGGCCUCGCAGUGCCUACCACACUUUGGACUGAGUAAUUGACCAAAGUCUGUUUAAUUUCCAGAGUACGGGCACUCUUUUUGAGUCCGUGCCGACCACCAUCACAUCCUGAAUUAGAGCCAUUGAUUGGGGAGAAGCAGGAUCCAACACUCGGCUCAUAAGCUCAAGGCCAUGGGCCGGAGCUGUAAAUGAAAGGCUAACACCUCCCACUCCCUCUGACAGCCACAGGGCUAAGACGACACCUUCAGAGUUAGAAGAAGCCAUUACUUCCCCAUAGAUUUGGACUUAGAAGAAGCCAUUACUUCCCCUUAGAUUUGGACAGAUUUGGAAACUAAACAAAACAUGAAGUAUACACGUGUAGUAAAGGCCUGCAUUGAGGGAACUGACCCAGUAGUUUGGUCAUUAAGUUGGUCCUCCAAAUGCCAGUAAGACUCUAAUGAUGAAGUUUAAAUCAUGUAGUUGUAAAUUAUUAGAUUAGGUUUGAAAUUCUUAUGUACCCACUAUUGUUGGUACAACUGAAAAUCCCCUCUCAGAAAGCAUCUCCCUCAGGGGACAUUUGCAAGCCUCACUAAAAUGAAAUCUUGUCCUGAGGCAACCUAUGAAGCAUAGCAAUGACAACAGAACCUAGCAAGACACACUCAAGUCUGCAUGCAGACACCACCAAUAGCUUAAACAGUGAGACAGACACUGACUCACAACACAAAACUUGCCUUAGCUUUAGUAUGCUAGACGUGGAGUUAUGGACUCCACCGCAGUCAUUUCUCCUGGUGUGCCCAGAAUCAUGUGUUAAACGUCUGUGUGUGGUUGUUUUAAUUUGUGUUUCUUCCUUCUAUGUCCUCCUUAUCUGUGUUUUUUCUGAUGACUGUGCGGGAUUGGCACUGGCGGCCUUGAAGGAUGAGGAUGAUGCCGAGACAGGGCUGACGGAUACGGAGAAAGAGGCCGAGCCCAAGGAGGAGGAGAAACUGGGCAAAUUGCAAUACUCCUUGGAUUACAAUUUCACAGAGAAUACGCUCAUAGUAGGCAUCAUUCAGGCCGCCGAACUGCCCGCCAUGGACAUGGGGGGCACGUCAGACCCCUACGUCAAGGUCUACCUGAUGCCCGACAAGAAGAAGAAGUUUGAGACCAAGGUGCACAGGAAGACGCUGAACCCCACAUUUAACGAGCAGUUCACCUUCAAGGUUCCCUACACUGAGCUGGGUGGAAAGACGCUGAUAAUGACGGUCUACGACUUUGACCGCUUCUCCAAGCAUGACGCCAUCGGAGACGUGAAGGUGCCCAUGAACAAGGUAGACUUCAGCCACGUAACGGAGGAGUGGAGGGACCUCCAGAAGGCUGAGAAAGAAGAGCAAGAGAGGCUGGGAGACAUCUGCUGCUCCCUGCGCUAUGUGCCCACCGCUGGCAAGCUAACCGUCGUCGUCCUGGAAGCCAAGAACCUGAAGAAGAUGGACGUAGGAGGCUUGUCAGAUCCUUAUGUGAAAAUCCACCUGAUGCAGAACGGGAAGAGGCUGAAGAAGAAGAAGACGACAAUCAAGAAGAACACCCUCAACCCUUACUACAACGAGUCCUUCAGCUUUGAAGUGCCGUUCGAACAAAUCCAGAAAGUUCAAGUUGUGAUAACCGUUCUGGACUAUGACAAGAUCGGUAAGAACGACGCCAUCGGCAAAGUCUUUGUGGGCCUCAACAGCUCGGGCACGGAGCUUCGCCAUUGGUCAGAUAUGCUGGCCAAUCCACGAAGACCCAUCGCCCAGUGGCACGUUCUGAAACCCGAGGAGGAAGUGGACGCCCAACUGUCCUCCAAGAAAUAAGAGUUCUGGUGGUGUGUGUAAGGGGUGGCACACCCAAUAUGUAGUGCUCAUAGCCAGUGUGUAUGUAAAUACCUCAGUGAUAUAAGGGUCCAUUCACUGUCAUCCGCCAUUUAUUAAUCGUCUUACGGAAAGUUAAUAAUGAAAAAAUGUCACCUUCUUUUAUAAUUGUUGAUAGUUUGUUCACCCCGCCACCUCCCAUGAUCCCCUCUGGGGCUUGUGUUUCUGUCAGGUUCCCCUCAAAAUUAAUUCCACACACCCUCCACUGGCGCCUCUGUUGGUCAGUUGCCAUAAUCUUACCCCCCCUCCCCCAACCAAAUGCCCCCUUCUUUUAAGCAAUAUGAUCUGUGUAGAUAGCGCAUGACUGAAAGAAUUUAUUGUACCACAGUUGUAUAUAUCAGUAUGCAGACAAAAUGAUUUCUAGUUUAUGUGUUUGUAUGUUGUUACCUGUUUCCUAAUCUGUGUAUAUCUCGAUGUUUUUAAUAAGAUGUUCUAUUUUAAAUUAUGUAAAUGCAGAUAUAGGAGAGACAAUAUAUAUUACAGGAUUUAAAAAUUCUACCUUAUUGCAUUCCAGAAAAACAAGAUGUAUAAAAUUCCAACCUGCAAGAUGCUAGUGGAAGUACAGUAUACUCACAAUGUAAAGGACGGUGUCAGAUGUAGGGUUCAUUUGAUGAACUAAAAAAAAAUGUAAACCUAAACAAUAUACAAGAAAUCAUAACGAAAAAAGUAGGCCAUUAACUAAUAUGGUUCAGUGGGGGGGAUAAAAACAAAAACAUAAAUGCUGCUGGAUAUUAUACAAGCACAUGAUUUCUUAUAACUUUUUGUACUGGUUUGUCCAUAUGAGGACCUAUGCGUUUUGCUGAAUUUAUAAGUAGAUGCGAACUGACCAGCCUUCAUUUUGUUUUGGUUUCUCAUUUGGUCAGGGCUUCACACGGUGAUGCAGACAAUUAUGUUUUAAGUGAAAUAGGUCCUCAUUUAAAGACCAAUCAAGACCAUGUUGUCCUUCGAAUGUCCCCUCACUUCAGACUGGUCUGCUUUAAACCCAAACGUCUAUUCCACAGAUACUCUUCUGGAGACCAAUCGCAUCAUAAGUAGUCACAAGCCGUAGCCAUUGUGUCCUUGAAGCUUGAUUAACGAUGUUUUUGUGUUAACUGCUUACUUUUACUAGCCUUGUUGUUGGAAAUAUUACGUUCAGGAUUACGGAGUUCAGUCUCCUGUUACAGAGCAAGGGAUUUUGACUCUAGCUUUAAAACAGAUAUUUUUAGUCAACGUCGGAAUAUUUUUGGUAACUGCAUGAUUUUUUUUACAAUCUUUGCUAAUGGCUGGGAUGGGGGGAGGACUAUUAACACCAGGGGGUGUCUCGAUGGAAGACCUCCUUGCCUUCAAAUUAAAUGAGAAUCAAGAGUAGAGAGCGAGCGUUUAAACAGUAAUGCACGUUUAAACAUUGUUAAAGUUGAAUUUUAACAAACGAUCGUAAUCGGUGCGGUCAGUUUGCAAACCGCACUGACAGAAAAGGGAAGCAAGUUUAUCAACACUGCCAUUUUUUUCAGGGAGGCAACAAAUGUACAUCGACCCUCUCUUCAUGCACAGUCCACAAUAGUGGUCGUAGCUUUGGUUCAUCGGGAACAAUGUCUUUUGGCCGCAACCGUGCCCUAACUAGCAGUCUUUGCUUUCUGUUGCCUUCUCACAGUGACAAUAGAGCUAGCCAUGAUUUACUGCCAAUCUUCUUUCUCUUGUGGCUACUGUUUUUGCACUGUAAUGUCUUUCAAACGGCGUUAGCCUGUUACCGAACACCAUUCAGAUUGUGAAAAUUGUCGACUUUGUUUCUUUCGGGACACGGGAUCGCAAGGAGCUGGGGCAGUCGCCGCCCAAAGCUCUAGUUGCACAUUCUUAUUUUAUCGCUGAUGCACAGAGGAUCGACAGUGACCUCCCUGUGGGUCGCUAAAGGGUUUCAUAGUGUUGGCCGAAUAUAUGACAACAUAUGAGAAUUUGAAUAAGUAACCGUAAAAGUUAAUGGUCUGUAUAGAUAACAUGAGUCCAUAUGUCCUUUAAAAUCAGUCUUACAGGAGGAGGACAUGUAGGGGGAAAAAACAAAAGAAGUUAAUCCAUCAAAACCAUGUCUCUUAUCUUGGAGGAACCUCUUGUGUAUACUAGAUACUAGCUUCAGGAGGAGUUUCUAAAUGUUUUCAAUGUUAUUGUGUAGUUGAUAGCACUAUUACAAAAAGAAAAGAAGCUAUUUGUCAUUCCAUAACGUUCUCCGAGGACUGCUUGGUGUAUCACUGUGACUGCCGUGUGUGCGUAGAGAUGUAGACUUUCUCAGUAGGUAGCCCAGUUCGUUAUGUAGUGAUGUCGUAACUGCCAUUCGCGCCCCUUCUACAUGCCAAGUGAGAGUGUGCAGAGCAGAGCAGCAUCGUCAGUCUCUUCUAACUGUGGACCAAUCGGGUAAUUUGACGGAGCUGUGCGCGCUAGGGAAGAGAGGAGCGUUUUCUUUUCGUGAGCAGGUAGACUCACAUAACAUUUCAUUGAGCACUGUGCAAUACUUGUUUGUUCAUCCCAUAGUGUUACAUGGGUGGUGUUGCCUGAGGUAAAAAAGUAAAAUAUAAAAAAAAAAAAAAAAAAAAAUGUUGUAUCAGAGGUAUUCCUUACCAGUGAAUUGGUUAGGACAGCACAUGUAGAUUCUGUGUAGAUUGGACCUUCUGUUCAGGUUCCCUCCCUUACCCUGGUUAAAUUUUUUUGUCCAUAUAGAUCCAACAUUCGGAAAGACAAUGGAACAUGCCAAAAUCAGAAGAAAAAAAAUGUCAAAAAGACAACCCCCCAUCCAUCCAAACCGAAACAUAUAUGUGUACAUAUAUUUUUUAUAUUUCUCCAAAUAUAAUUUAUUCAAGUCAGUAUAUGACAAAUAUACUGUAUACAAUUUGUCAACCUUGUUAUCAUGAAUCCCAUCCAUUAUAUAGUAUCGAUAUGAUUGAGUAUAUUUAAUUAUUGUUGUUAUUAUUAUGGUUCAUAUUGGUACUCUCUGGUUAUUGUUAUUUCGGUGCCCCAUCGAGAGUAUUUAUUUUUUAUUUUAAUUUAUAAUUAAUUUCUUAAACUCAGAAUGUAUACUUUGAACUGUGUAUUUAGAUUUUACCUUUGUUGUGGGACCAAAUUGAAUUGAAGAUUUAAUUUAUUAUUGCAAUAAAUAUGAUUAAUGUGUUUUGUUUAUAUUUCCAAUCCUGCUGUUUACCAUUGGUAAUUAGCUGACCCCCACAGACAUUCCAGGCAUUUAGAAAGACCGAAAUGCUCUUUCACUGGCAUACCCAAUUUGAAAUGCCUCUCAUAUGACAAAUCUCUGAGUGUUUUUUUGUUUAGCAUAUGUUCAAUUAAUAACAGAUCCCGAAUUUAAAGAAUGCUUUCUUUAGUGCACAAGGAUUUGAAAUCAGAAACAGAGUCCAAUGCACCCAGGAUAGGUAAAGAAAGGCAGUAUUGCAGGUGGCAUUUUAGACUGCACGGGGUGUAGUGUAGUACAGUAUCUCCAAAAAAGCCAUGACCUGCGCUGCAGUAACAAUGCUACCCUAGCUGUUGCUAACCAAAGCAUGCACGCUACAGUACGUGAUGAAAAUCCCCUCUCCACAGAUCCCUGAGUACUUGCUGUGCGACUUUUAGAACUCUGAAAUUCUCGCUGAGGACUUGCGACAGCAACACAAACAAAAAAGCCACACUAAACUUUUGAAGACAACCCCCCGAUUAGCAGCUGACUACAGAACGGAUCUGGCGCAGGUGUGCCGCAUCCACGCCAGAUCAAGGCCAGAUCCGUGCCGUGGGUCAGGCGCUACACGAGGAAGAGCUGUGUAAAGAAGUAGAAUCUUGAUGCUGUAGAAAGAUCCUAGUUGCCUUUGUGUAUAUCAACUGCCUGCUUGAGUAUUUUUGUGCGUGGAAAGUUUCUCUGUAAUCUUGUAGAUCUGUUCGGAGUGUUUUUUCCUGCCAUAUCGCUCGCGACGACUGUGAGCUGACAAUUAUAUUGCUGUGUAUACCUUCAUUUUUGGCGAGGUGUUUUACAAUUUUGUUUCACUUUGUGUAGUGAUUCACUCUGUGGAGUUUUCUGACUGUUGUUAUAUAACUUCAUAUACACAAAUGUUCAAUAAAAAUGUUUUAUUUCCUGUUGAUACAGAAAAA